UUUUAAAAAUGUUCGUGACACAAUACAACAUGGAGGAUACCGGUAAAGUUAUGAAGUGUGCAGAACUGUUUUUGGUGUUCUUGUCUUUAUUUUUGUCUACUUCGGCAAAGUAUGAGAUGAGUAAGAUUGAAAUUCAUGAAAAUCCUAGUGGGGAGCCCGCAAAAAUCUUCACAGCUGAGGAACUUAUCAAAUAUGACGGUUCAGACUCCUCAAAACCUCUUUUGAUGGCAGUUCGAGGGGUGGUUUUUGAUGUUUCAUCAGGAAAAGAUUUUUAUGGUAAAGGUGCAGGAUAUUCCAUUCUUGCUGCUAAAGAUGCAAGUUAUGCAAUAGCUAAAUGGUCAUUAGAGGAGAAAGACAUGCAUCAUGACCUGAGCUCUCUAUCUGACCAUGAACUAGAAGGACUCGAUAAAGUCUUCCUGGAGACAUACAGGAAAAAAUACCCAGUAGUAGGUUACAUGGACUAUCUGAUCGAAGAACAUGGGAAAAAGGUGGAGGACAGAUUCCAAGGAGAGCUGUAAUGUUCAUUCAUUGUUGAAGAAAAGUUGAAUGUAAGACCAACAAAUUUGGGUGCUAUAGAGAAUAGUUGGUUGUGAUAAUAGCAAUGUGCCUUAGCAAUAUGAAUUGUUAUUAAAUUUGUUAGCAUUAUAUUUAUCAAUAAAUUGUAUUAAUGAACUACUUAAUAGAAUCUUACUUCUUACCAGUCUCUGUUUUAUCAGAUUUAAUAAGCUCAUAGAAAUUAUUGAAAAAUGUUACUUUAUUGUAUAUUCAUUUAUGUUAUAAUAUGCACCUGUACAAUAAGUUUACAGUUAAUCAUUCAAGUGUAACUAAUUUUUCAAAUUUAUGUUUAACAUGUAGUCAGGAUUUUUGUA